UGUUCGCUUUUGCAAUUGUUCUCUUCGCUGUUGCAAGUUGUUGGUUUGGUGUUUGCUCCGGCUCUUCUUGUGAUUGAUUGAGUGGCUCUUGCACACAGGAGACACAGACAGAGUGAAGCAUCAAUCAAUGUCAUCGAUCAUGUCAGCCGUCAAGGAGACUGUCCCCGAGCUCAAGGGCAGUGUGGUGCCGAUGUCGAGUGUGAUGCGUCGCAGCAGCAGCUCGAGCGAAGUCUCCAAACCCCUCAAGGUAAGCAAAGCAAGCCAUCGAAAUUUGGAUGUCUGUCCCUGUGUCUCGUUGUGCUCAGCGUGUGUCGUUCGUGUCCUCGACGGCGGCAAGCACCGUCGAGGUCGAGGCCGAGCAGCACACACACGCCGAGAACGAGACACACACCGAGAAUGAGAGACACGACCUCAUGCAACUCGUCGAAGGUCUGCACGAGUUGGUGUGCACUUGUCAAUCUCUGCGUGGGUGUGUUGGUGUGUGAUUCAGUUUUGAUGUCUCGCGAGAAGGACCCGCACCUGGUGUCUGGCCCCAUGUCUGAGUUCUGCCUUGUAACUAAGGAUACACACGGAAACCAAUUGAGGAAAGCAGAUAGCGACAUGGCUGGCUGUGUGUCGAUCUGUCUGUUGCCAGCGCACUGUGACUCGCGAGCGUCGUUCCGUGUUCGUCGGCCAUCUGCUCAAGGCAUGCAUGAUCGAUCGCACGCACCAUUGACAGACACGACCAACCACCACUUCUGAGUGUCAUGGCUGCGUGUAUGUGUGUGCAGGCGUGUCGUGGUCUGUCGCUGAGCCCGACAGUGUUUCAGCUUUCCGUUAAUUUGAUGGACCGCUUCUGUGCCAAGACCAACAUUGCCCUCACGCCGAGCGAGAUAGGCCUCAUGACGCCAAACGUAACAGACACACACACACACACAGACACACACAUGACGGGGACCGCCCAUCUCUCUGUGUGUCUCUUGUGUGUGUGUGUGUGUGUCAGUUCCUGCUCCUGGCCUGCAAAAGCCAUGACGACAUCAAGGGGUGACAGAUAGAUAGACGUGCACGCAACACAAGGCAUCACACACACACACAGACGGCCAAGCCACUUCACUGCUCUGUGUGUGUGUUGUCGUUAAUUAUGCAGUGAGAUUGUGUCCAUGACGAGUGCGUUCCUGUCCGUCUACACUCAGUGCGAUGCGGCCGAGGCGAGUCGGCAGGUCAAGCGGCUGAGCCAGCAGGAAGGAAUGAUCCUGUCGUGCCUCAACUACCGCGUCCACACGGCCGUCCUGCCAAGUCAACUCUACGACGUCUUUGCUGAGGUCGGUGAGGCCAAUGAUGGCAGGCACACCACAAGGCACAAUGCAUGUGUGUGUGUUUGUGUCUGAAAGGUCGGUGGCAUCACAGCCGACCACCCCCAAGGCUGCCCCAAAACAGGCACACACACACACACACACACACAGAGAGAGAGAGAGUGUGUUUGUUUGUGCAGUUGGUGUGUAUCUGUUGGAGUUGUCGUUGAUCGAGGGCCUUCACCUCGACUUUUUCCUCAGCACACUCGCCGCCUCGUGCACUCUGCUCGUCCUGCUGGUCUGCCUGCCUGCCUAAGUGCCUGCCUGCACACACACGGGACGGGCACCAAGACAUGGGCCACCAUGUUUGUGUGCAGCUGCUGGGCCGGGAGUGGACCGACGAGCUGACGACAGUCACCAAACACACGAGAGUCAGUGGGGGCCACACAGAGACACAUAGACAUACACCACACCACACCGCUCCCUCUCUCUCUCUGUGUCAUCCAUCGCAUCAAAAGGACGAGCUGGCUAUGUGUGCGCGUGAGGUCAUCAAGCUGCACGAAAGAGCGCUCGACGGUGAGAGGGAGGGAGACAGAGAUAUCCAUCCAUCCAUCAAUGUGUGUGUCUCUCUCCGGUGUGUGUGUGGCAGAGUAUGCGUACCUCGAGUACCACAUCGGCGCGUGUUGCAUCACGAGCGACUGGAAUCCAAAUCAGGCAAGACAAAACUUAUAAGCUUUCCUCGCACCGCACGAUGAGAGGAGACCAGGCCCCUUUCGUUCGCUAUGUAUUGCUGCAGAUUGCUCUCCGCGCCUACACCCACCGACCUGACGGCUCGCCAGGCUUCGCCUCUUUCCACUUCCCCCAGCCACUCGUCGCCUGGGCAUACACACCACACCACGACAGCGACUACCCAACUGACUGACUGACUGACUGAUGGACGCAGACCGACACAGACAGACAGACAGACACACGAAGCGAUGGAUGGGCGUGAGUGAGUCCACUGUGUGUAUCCAUGUGAAUGUCUGAAUGGACUGGCGAAAGACACGACCACCAAGAAAUUAAUGACAUCCGCGCACACAUGUUGAUUGAUCAAAUGGAGCGGUUUGGG